AUGUCGCGCGCGAGCUCAGCUUCGGAAGGCGAAGUCGUCGAGCCCCAACACAAGGCAAACACCGCCAAUCAGCACAGCGAACCUCCAAUUAACGACUCGGACAGGGUCUUUGGGCUGGACGGUGCUUCUGAUAACUAUGGAUACAACCAUCGCGCUCGGAGUCGCUCCCCCUCACCAUACCGACGUAAGCGCACCCGAUCUCCGUCGCCAUACCGACAGAAACGCGCAAUCGACCGCUCGCCUUCACCGUAUCGUCGCAGUCGAGCUGAGAACAGCUACGAUGGUAAUGCUUCGCACUCCUUUCAUAAACGGAAGACUUCUCCGCCGCGCGGUAACCGACCCGACAAGCGACACCACACUGAUCGUGACAGACACAGCGACCCUCGAUAUAGGUCACAUGCGGACGAUUCGAGAGCUAGGCAGCCUCAACCAGGCUUCGUGAAGGAGCGUAGUAAUGUGGCAGACCGACCUUAUGCAGUGCCCAUUUCAUACGCGGAGGUUGAGAACCCCAACCCGGUGCCCGACUUUCGCCACGGUCUGAAGAUCGACAAUCGGCCUCAGAAGCUAAGCAACGGUGAUCAACGGCGCGAUAGGUCUCGUCAGGCGCCUCCACAGGAGCGCCAGACAUCGACCAAUGGGUCUAGAGCGCAAAUCGCACAGUCCAGCGCCAGUGAGGAUGUUGAAAUGUCGUCCGCGGAAGGCGUCCCUGACUACACCCCGGCACCUGCAGAAGAGAAGGUCCCCACACAAGAGUCGCGCGAAGAGAAGCGCCGUCGCUGGGCUGCUAUACGCGCCGCAGCCGAACAGCAGAAGCCAAAGGAGAAUCUUCUCCAACGGGCAAUUCUCACGAAUGCGUCGGAGGCCACAACGCCAACUAUCGCGUCCCCAGCACCAUAUGCAGACAGCCCUAUAUCGCCUGUCGCAUCCCCUCGUAAUGGCGACCUGGACUCUGUUCCCGCUUCUCCAGAUGUUAUGAUUAUCGACAAGCAGGGGCCCAUGAGUGAAGGAAAUUCUCCUUCAGCCGACAGUCCGUCCGCAGCCGACUACGACCCUAUGCAGGACAUGUUGGACGAUCGCGAUCGAGCGGCCAAGAAGACCCAGAAUCCUGAGCUGCCUUCUGAUGCGUAUCGCGAAACCGACCCGAAAGUACUCUCUACCCUCCCGGCUGAAAAGGCAGUUCCAGUGAAGAAGCAGAAGAAGGAGUUCGAUAUGUUUGCUGAGUCGGAUGAGGAGACUGAGGACGUAGCAGUCGAAGCCGAAGAAAAUACCACCGCGAAAGGGACUGUUCUUCACGAGAAGUUGCUCGAUAACUGGGAUGAUCCUGAGGGUUAUUACAAGCUCAUCAACAACGAGCUAGUUGACAGCGGCCGCUAUAGAAUGGUCAAAAAUCUUGGUCGCGGUGUCUUCGCCAACGUUGCCCAAGCUGAAGAAGUUACGGCAGAUGGUAACGACCAGAACCGCAGGCUGGUCGCCAUCAAGAUGAUUCGUAGAAACGAGCUAAUGAGAAAGGCCAGUCAAAAGGAGAUGGAUUUCUUACGAAAGGUCAACGAGGCAGAUCCACAAGACAAGCGCCAUAUCGUUCGCUUGCUGGGUUCAUUUGACCACAAGGGCCAUCUGUGCAUCGUUUUCGAACACAUGUCCAAGAACUUGCGAGAUUUGCUCAAAGAAGAGACCAACGGUCACGGAUUGACCCUUCCAGCUGUCCGCAUAUACGCCCGCCAAAUGUUCCUCGGCCUUCAGCACCUGCAGAACUGUCAAGUCAUCCAUCUCGACCUCAAGCCCGACAACGUACUCGUCUCACCAGACAAGAAGACGAUCAAGCUUGCCGAUUUCGGAACUGCGGUUGACAAGCGAGAUCAGGUCGAACGUACAGAAUACCUAGUCAGUCGAUUCUACCGCGCACCGGAAAUUAUACUUGGUAUGGAGAUUGGCUAUCCUGUUGACAUGUGGGCUGUUGGCUGCACCGUGUACGAGCUGUGGACGGGCAAGAUUCUCUUCACAGGGCGAUCCAACAACCAGAUGGUCAAGGCCUUCAUGGAUUGUCUCGGAUGGCCAAGUGAGAAGUUACUGAAGAAGGGUCUCGUGAACAAUAUCCUCGACAACUUCGAGCUCGGACCACCGCUCAAAUUCAUCAGCCGCGAAGUGGAUCAGUACAACCAGCUUUCUGUCCGCAAGAUCGAGCAGAAGAAGAAGAUUACCCGCGACAUGAAGACCCGCGUUCACGAGGCUGCUCGAGGCAUUACCACACAGGGACCAACAGUUGGCGAGUUGAACGACUUGGCGGACAUGCUGAGCGCCUGUCUCCACAUGAACGUUGAAAAGCGCCUGUCACCCAAAGAAGCGCUCGUUCACAAGUUCUUUGCGAACAAGAGCCUUGCGCCCAAGAUCGCGUCCACGGCCGCUGUUGUCAAGCCGCCUUUGCUAAAGCGUGGCACGCCUGGUAUCCGUCGGUAA